AUAAAUCCAGCAUCAUCCGCGUAAUUAAGCACAAAUAAUUAAGUUUAAUGUCACAUUUGAGUGUACAUACACGUUAUGAAUCACUGGGGUGCGUUUUGGUGUGUUUAAGACGCUGAUGUGAGUGUUUAAAGACUUAAUGCUAACGCGUCCGUGAGAGGAAGAGACGAACAAAUAUAAAGCGGCAAACCUGCAGAAUUACACCGAUUUUAACUGGAUGGCACCCAAGAAGGGCGAGAAGAAGAAGGGCCGCUCCGCCAUCAAUGAGGUUGUGACGCGUGAAUACACCAUCAACAUCCACAAGCGCAUCCAUGGCAUCUCGUUCAAGAGGAGAGCUCCUCGAGCGCUGAAGGAGAUCCGCAAGUUCGCUGUGAAGGAGAUGGGCACGCCUGAUGUCCGCAUCGAUACCCGUCUCAACAAGGCCGUGUGGGCUAAAGGUGUCAGGAACGUGCCGUACCGCAUGCGUGUGCGCCUGUCCAGGAAACGCAACGAAGACGAAGAUUCCCCAAACAAGCUGUACACCCUCGUCACAUACGUCCCCGUCACCACGUACAAAGGUCUUCAGACUGUAAAUGUGGAUGAAAAUUAAAUUAAUUUUCUCUUCAUGUCUGUUGGAAUAAAAACAUAAAAGGA